GCAGGAUAUCAUGCGAAAACAGCUGGUUGAUAGAUAAGGUGCACCAUACUCGUACGUUCAGUUGUUCACGUGACACACUGCUCCAGCCUCCAAGAACGUGCAUUAUUAUUGUUUCAACUUUCUACUUGAGUAGCUCUCUCGCUCUGCCUCCCUAUUAACAGUACUCGACACUACUGGUUCUCUCACACUUUCCAUUUAUGUGAAUAAUCCAUGGCUUCUCUCUUGUUCUUCACUUCACCUCUCUCUCCCGAACUCCGCUACUCCACAUCUCCACCCUCCUCAAUCCCCUUCAGUCUCCGUAAGCACCUAACACUGGCCUCGCGAUCCUUCAAUCCCCGGUUUCGAAACCACGCUAUCUCGUCUAAUUUCCCUGGCCAUAGUGUCGGCGACGACUUGCCUUCGGACUAUGACGAACACCUUCCCAGGCCAAAUCCAAGCAAUCGCAGGAGAGCCGGCAUUUUGCUCCAUCCGACCUCGUUCCGCGGGCCCUAUGGAGUCGGAGAUCUCGGCGAGGAGGCCUUCCGGUUCAUCGAUUGGCUUCAUGAGGCUGGUUGCUCUGUUUGGCAGGUUCUUCCUCUUGUUCCUCCUGGGAGGAAAGCUAAUGAAGAAGGAUCACCCUACUCUGGCCAGGAUGCUAAUUGCGGCAAUACUUUAUUAAUUUCUCUGGAAGAGCUUGUUAAGGAUGGUUUGCUGACAGAAAAUGAACUUCCAGAACCAGUUGUAUCUGAUCGUGUGAACUUUGCAGUUGUUGCUGAAUUAAAAGAUCCUUUGAUAGCUAAGGCUGCGGAGAAGCUCAUUUCAAGUGAAGGUGGCCUCAAAAGUGAACUUGACAAGUUCCGCAAAGAUCCUGACAUAUCAAGCUGGCUUGCAGACGCGGCUUAUUUUGCUGCUAUUGAUGACACCUUAAAUGCAUUCAGUUGGUAUGAUUGGCCUGAACCUUUAAAAAACCGUCAUCUUGCAGCUUUGGAAGAAAUCUAUCAAAGCAAAAGGCACUUUAUAGAUGUAUUCGUUGCACAACAGUUUUUGUUCCAAAGGCAAUGGCAAAAUGUUCGCAACUAUGCACACAUGAAGGGAAUUAAUAUAAUGGGAGACAUGCCCAUUUAUGUAGGCUACCACAGUGCUGAUGUUUGGGCAAACAAAAAACAUUUCUUUCUGAGCAGGAAAGGUUUCCCUCUUUUAGUUAGUGGUGUUCCUCCUGAUGCAUUCAGCGAAACUGGUCAGCUGUGGGGCAGCCCUCUAUAUGAUUGGAAAGCCAUGGAGAGAGAUGGGUUUUCAUGGUGGAUACGACGCAUAAAACGCGCACAAAACCUAUAUGAUGAAUUCAGAAUUGACCAUUUCAGGGGAUUUGCUGGCUAUUGGGCUGUUCCUUCUGAAGCAAAAAUUGCAAUGGUUGGAAAAUGGAAGAUAGGACCUGGAAAAUCCUUAUUUGACGCCAUCUCCAGAACUGUUGGGAAGAUCGAUAUAAUAGCUGAGGAUUUGGGAGUUAUAACAAAGGAUGUAGUUUCACUCAGGAAAUCGAUUGGGGCACCUGGAAUGGCUGUCCUCCAGUUUGGUUUUGGAAGUGAUGCUGCUAACCCUCAUUUGCCUCAUAAUCACGAGCAUAAUCAGGUUGUCUACACAGGAACACAUGACAAUGAUACGAUAAGAGGUUGGUGGGAUAUUAUAAUGCAAGAAGAGAAGUCCAAUGUACUGAAGUAUCUUUCAAUUGCUGAGGAAGAUGAUGUCGCAUGGGCUCUCAUCCAAUCUGUGUUAUCUUCUGUGGCCCAAACUGCAAUCAUACCCAUUCAAGAUAUUCUUGGACUUGGAAGUUCUGCCAGGAUGAACACUCCUGCAACACAGUUCGGGAACUGGAGUUGGAGGAUACCUAAUUCAAUGACCUUCGAUCGCUUGGAGAUGGAAGCAAUGAAAAUAAGAGACAUGCUCUCAAUGUAUGGUCGAGUAUAGUUGAGAAUUCCGAGCUCAAUCAAUCAAUUCAACUUAUUUUAUGCAAUAUAGUUGUAUGUACUGGAAGUCUGGAACUCUGAAACAAUAAAAUGCCUGUUUGAUGGAAUAAGGCAGUAACUGUUGAUGGGUAAAUCUGGUGUGAGUGUUAUAUUAGGUCGUGUAUAAAAUAAUUAUUCACAAUAGUUUCAUAUUUAGCAACGAAUAUUGAAAUUGGAUAGACAGUGGAUUGGUUGAAUUUAAAUUCUUCCAUGUUGUGUGGUUCU